CGGGGCGGGACGUUUCGCGCAGUUUCCCACGGUAGGAUGACGCUGUGGUGUUGACUUCAAAAAGAGAGAGCAAGCUGUCUGCGGGCUGCAUAAUCUACGUGAUCGCGGCGUGUUGCUUCGUCAACAGCUACUCAAAGCGACUCAUCAGACUGUAUGCUGUAUUGUUGUGCCAACAAGCCGAAGAAGAGCGACGGUCCAGCCGAAAGUGACGAGCCGCAGAAGUCAGAAGAGAGGCGCAAGGCGGACGGUAUGUACGACGCAGCAGGGCCCCGUGACAGGCCAGAGGACGCACCGCCGCAAGCGAUGGCACAACCAGCAGCUGCCGAGUUUCAUCCGGAGCAGCUGAGCUUCGACUCUCCGCAGCGUCGACUGGGCAAGCGAGCUCCAAAGUUGGGAGUCAUCGGACGCUCAAAGAAAGUUGUGAUAGAAGAUGAAGAUUUGGACGAUGUAAUGAACAACAAUGGCCUUUUUCCUUUGACCCUUGACCUGACACCUAUUUCCUAAAGUUAUGCAUGAUGCUUAUGUAUCUCAUCUGAUUAAAGCCAAACUCUACAAAUAUUGGCUUCUGGAAGAUGCAUUUUCUGACUAGAAAUGGAAUGGCACUUUGUUUAAAUCACAUGUAUUUUUUUUUUUUUUGUUUUUUUUUGUUUUUUCUAAGUGUACCACAGGGAAAGAGGGAGGGGGCACAGGGGGAUCUGAAAGCCAAGCGCCAAAUUUGUGAUAAUUUGCACAGUGCAAUAUAAAUUUUGUAUGUUUACAAUUAAAUGCCUGCCUGUCUUAAAUCCAUGCAGAGACCAUCACAUUGGUGGGACCGGAGUGUGUUGUGCUUUUCAGGCUUUGUAUUAAGCUUUAUAUUUCUCUUUUGAAUCUGUGAUAUGAUGUUU